AUGGGAAUUCACGGUCUUACGAAAUUGAUCGCCGACCAGGCGCCGGGAGCCAUCAAAGAAAACGACAUUAAAAACUAUUUUGGUCGGAAGAUAGCCAUUGAUGCCUCUAUGAGUAUCUAUCAGUUCCUGAUCGCUGUGAGGCAGGACGGGAACGUCCUUCAGAACGAAGACGGAGAGACGACAAGUCACCUGAUGGGAAUGUUCUACCGCACGAUCCGCAUGCUGGAAAACGGGAUCAAACCGGUUUACGUGUUCGAUGGGAAACCCCCUCAUUUGAAAUCUGGAGAGCUGGCAAAGAGGAGCGAGCGCAGAGCCGAGGCAGAGAAGCAGCUGGCAGAAGCACAGGAAGCGGGCGACGUGGAGACCGUGGAGAAAUUCAACAAGCGGCUGGUGAAAGUGACCAAACAGCACAAUGACGAGUGCAAGAGACUGCUGACGCUGAUGGGAGUGCCCUACGUGGAGAAGCUAGCUGUGAAGGCUGGGAAAGUCUACAUGGACAUGGGACUGACUUUCGGCACCAGCAUUCUGAUGAGACACCUGACUGCCAGCGAGGCCAAGAAGCUGCCAAUUCAGGAGUUCCAUUUUCACAAACUGCUUGAAGAAAUCGGGCUUUCUCAUACCCAGUUUGUUGAUCUCUGCAUCCUGCUGGGCUCUGAUUACUGUGAGACGAUCCGAGGGGUCGGGCCCAAGAGAGCCAUCGAACUGAUCCGGCAGCACGGCAGCAUCGAGGAGAUCCUGCAGAACCUCGACACAGCGAAGUACCCGGUCCCAGAGCACUGGCUCUACCGAGAAACCUUCAGGGUGUUCGGGGCCCGCGAGGAUCGGAUUCGCAACGGCAUCAAAAAAAUCCGGAAGAGCCGGCAGGGCAGCACACAGGGCCGUCUGGACAACUUCUUCAAAGUGACAGGAUCCCUGUCCUCCCUGAAGAGGAAGGUAACCCUCACCCUGACCCUCACCCUCACCCAGUCCUCCCUGAAGAGGAAGGUAACCCUCACCCUGACCCUCACCCUCACCCAGUCCUCCCUCAAGAGGAAGGUGACCCUCACCCUGACCCUGACCCUCACCCAGUCCUCCCUGAAGAGGAAGGUAACCCUCACCCUGACCCUCACCCUCACCCAGUCCUCCCUGAAGAGGAAGGUAACCCUCACCCUGACCCUCACCCUCACCCAGUCCUCCCUGAAGAGGAAGGUAACCCUCACCCUGACCCUCACCCUCACCCAGUCCUCCCUGAAGAGGAAGGUAACCCUCACCCUGACCCUCAACCUCACCCAGUCCUCCCUGAAGAGGAAGGUAACCCUCACCCUGACCCUCACCCUCACCCAGUCCUCCCUGAAGAGGAAGGUAACCCUCACCCUGACCCUCACCCUCACCCAGUCCUCCCUGAAGAGGAAGGUAACCCUCACCCUGACCCUCAACCUCACCCAGUCCUCCCUGAAGAGGAAGGUAACCCUCACCCUGACCCUCACCCUCACCCAGUCCUCCCUGAAGAGGAAGGUAACCCUCACCCUGACCCUCACCCUCACCCAGUCCUCCCUGAAGAGGAAGGUAACCCUCACCCUGACCCUCACCCUCACCCAGUCCUCCCCCAAGAGGAAGGUAACCCUCACCCUGACCCUCACCCUCACCCAGUCCUCCCUCAAGAGGAAGGUAACCCUCACCCUGACCCUCACCCUCACCCAGUCCUCCCUCAAGAGGAAGGUAACCCUCACCCUGACCCUCACCCUCACCCAGUCCUCCCUCAAGAGGAAGGUAACCCUCACCCUGACCCUCACCCUCACCCUGUCCUCCCUCAAGAGGAAGGUGACCCUCACCCUCACCCUGACCCUCACCCAGUCCUCCCUCAAGAGGAAGGUGACCCUGACCCUGACCCUCACCCUCACCCUGACCCUGACCCUCACCCUGUCCUCCCUCAAGAGGAAGGUGACCCUGACCCUGACCCUGACCCUCACCCUGUCCUCCCUCAAGAGGAAGGUGACCCUGACCCUGACCCUCACCCUGUCCUCCCUCAAGAGGAAGGUGACCCUCACCCUGACCCUCACCCUCACCCUGUCCUCCCUCAAGAGGAAGGUAACCCUCACCCUGACCCUCACCCUCACCCUGUCCUCCCUCAAGAGGAAGGAGCCUGAGCUGAAAGGACCUGCAAAGAAGAAGCAGAAAUCUGGAGGUGCCACGUCCGGGAAAUUCAAGAAGGGAAAAUAACCCCCCCCUACCCCCCCUCUACAAAAGAGCCCCCAUUGACGGCUUCCUCACCCCCCACCACCCCACACUUCCCACUGGCUUCAGCGUUACCCCAGUAAGAGAGUCCGAGACACAAAGCUGUUUGGGUUUUACUGAGUUUGUGGUUGAAGUUCUGGAUGAACUGCCUGUAAUAUCAGCAGAUCCACUGAAGAAACAAACAGGAGAAGAAACAGACUCUUCCAAUCUCUCACAAGCUGAAGGUGUUGUCAGAAUGGCUGGGCUGCUGCUUCUCUCUCUCUCCAGUGCGCUUGACGGCUGUCUUUAUUAUUGUGUUUUA